GGGUGGUCAUAAAUGCCCACGAGAGACUCUGUUAGCGUGAAUCAUGAAUGGCUCUGAGUGUGGUGUGACAUUGCUCUGACCUGCUGAAGGUUUAGGUGUCACUCUGUAUCUCUUCUGUCCUCUUCCGAGCAGCCAUGGGAAACCAUCUCUCCAUCAUUGACCGUAGCAAAAUGCCACUGGGAGAGGACGGACACUCUUGGAAAAAGAAAACGUCCAACAUCAAGGACAUCUAUGACUUCAAAGAGGUUUUGGGAACAGGGGCUUUUUCUGAGGUGAUGCUAGCAGAAGAGAAGAGGACAAGAAAACUAGUGGCGAUAAAAUGCAUCGUGAAAAAAGCUCUGGAGGGGAAGGGGAGCAGCAUUGAAAAUGAGAUUGCCGUGCUCCACAAGAUUAAACAUGCCAACAUAGUUUCCCUGGAGGACAUCUUUGAGAGUAAAUCACACCUCUACCUGGUCAUGCAACUAGUGUCCGGUGGCGAACUCUUCGACAGGAUCGUGGAAAAAGGAUUUUACACUGAGAAGGAUGCCAGUAAGCUCAUCCAGCAGAUCCUGGACGCUGUGAAGUACCUGCACGACAUGGGCAUCGUGCACAGAGACCUGAAGCCAGAGAACCUGCUGUAUUACAGUAUGGAUGAAGACUCUAAAAUCAUGAUCAGUGAUUUUGGCCUGUCGAAGAUUGAGGGUUCGGGUAGUGUGAUGAGCACAGCAUGUGGCACUCCUGGAUAUGUAGCUCCUGAGGUUCUGGCACAGAAGCCGUACAGUAAAGCAGUGGACUGCUGGUCAAUCGGGGUCAUCGCUUACAUUCUUUUGUGUGGCUAUCCACCAUUUUACGACGAGAACGAUGCCAAGCUCUUUGAGCAGAUCCUGAAGGCAGAGUACGAGUUUGAUUCACCGUACUGGGACGAUAUCUCUGACUCAGCUAAAGAUUUUAUUGUGCAUUUAAUGGAAAAAGAUCCCAGCCAGCGUUACACGUGUGAACAGGCUCUUCAGCACCCAUGGAUCGCUGGAGACACAGCGUUGGAUAAGAAUAUCCAUGAAUCUGUCAGUGCCCAAAUUAAGAAGAACUUUGCCAAAAGCAAGUGGAAGCAAGCAUUUAAUGCCACAGCAGUAGUGCGUCACAUGCGCAGGCUGCAGUUGGGAACCAGUCAGGAGGGCCAAAUGCAGUCCUCCUUGCCCAGCCCCUGCCACGGACACCUGCUGCUGCCCGAGGGAGAAGAGGAAGAGAGCUCCCUUCGGAGGGAAAGUAGUGGCUGUUCCGAGGGUGUCAGUGAUGGGAAUGACAUCCAGAACUGCACCUACCAUGUCCAUCCCACUAGUCAGGUCUGAGUGUCAAUCAUCCUGCAGUAACCAAUGACUGACUGUCCUGUUUUUCCACUGGAGUCCUGCCACACCCCCAGUCUGGCCAGGAAUACUGAGUAGCUCCAGCAUCCUGCCACUCGGAGGCGCUGCACUGUAAAGAACCCAGGUGGGAAUGGGGUCACUACUAUUCCAACGGAGUGGUUCUGUUUAAUGAGAGUUCAAAAGGUUACAAGACUGCCACAGGCGCUUUGUGGGUAAUAUAUGAUAUUGCGGGAGCUGGAUAGAGAUUGGACAGUGGUUUAACAAAUUAAAACAACACCAUCUACUUUCGUUUUUCUUUUCCUAAACUAAAGGUACUCAGGUCUGUUUCUCUUUCAAUUCGAAAAACAGUUGCUGUUGGCAUGUGGACUGGUUUAAUAUACCUAAAUUUUAGAUUUGGUGACAUUUUAUGAGAUUAUGGAUUUUGGCAUUAGGUUAUGCUGAGAUCGUCCAAUUUAAAUGCUUUUCAACUAAGGUACGAACAGAUUUCGCUUUCAUGAGAUUCUACAUAUUAGCUGUGUUGCCACAUCUCAGUUGCUUUAUACUUCCAUAAGAAGCACUGAUUAAGUGUAAGUUACAUUUUAGUGAUUUUUUUUUAACAUUUAACAUCUUUUUGUACACUAAGUCUGCACAACAAAUCAUUCAGUCAGUAUGUUUAAGAGCGUCUUUCUUGCUUCAAAUAUUUUAGGUGGUGCCUUCAUGGAUUCAGUAUCAAUGUUUCACUCUUUUAUUUGUUUCAGCAUGUUUUGAUCCUUUCAUAUGGGAAUGUUUGAAGCUGUACAUGUUAAAAUGUUGCUGUUUACCCUCAAAGUCACCUACAUGACAUAUAAGGCUAUUCUAAGCUAUGCACUGUCGGUGGACGCUUUGUAAAUGUCUAAUGUUUAAUGCUGCCAUCGUGUAAAUAUUGCAAAGCUUUUGUUUUUUGUAAACCCCUUUCUAUUACGACUUUAAAAGUACUCAGGGGAGAAAUUAAAAUCAGAGAAUUUUUAUAUAUAAAAUAGUAAUUUUACAAGAAAAAAAAACUAUAAGAUACUGAAUACACAUCACUACAAGGCUGUGGUCCAAAUUAUUUAAAUAUAUUUGGCAAUUUUGAUUAUUUUCUGUUGGAACCUGUAUGAAAGUAACCUCCAUUAAACGACAUGAAUGUGUGACUUGACUCCAAUUUUAUUGUUUUGUUUGUUUCCAUUCACUGCCAUCAAAAAAAUACAAAAAUAAAGUUUUGAAAAAAGUCACAUAAUAGGAAUCAACAGAUGUUUGCGGAGAAAGUUUUCCAUGAGUUUGUUGGAAGAUGGUGGUUUUCCGUGAUGCAUUGCAAGACAUCUAGGCUUUUGUUUUGUUUUUAGUGAAUAUGGUUAUACUGAAAACAACAUGUGUUUAUGCUGUUAAUAUGUAGUGCUAAAGUCUCAAACAAUACCAAAAACUUUUAAUUAAGUUAUAUUGUGAAAGUACAUACAAAUAUAAUGUCAGUCUUAGUCCUACUAAUUUAUAAUUUAUGACAGCUGUCUCUUAGUGUCACUUAUCCAUAACAUUUGGAAUGGUUUCUGGAAGGUUCUCAUCACAACGUAUGUAGAACCAUUGGUUAAACUCUUUAUUCUGGUGCUGACUGACUUUCAAAUGUCUACAAAGAUCUGUUUACCAACACAUAAGGAAUUUUUUAAAAGUUUUUUUUAGUUAGCAACUAUGAUUUUGGGAAAUGUUCCCCAGGUCAGUUGUUUUUGUGGUAGCCCUUACAUGUUUUACCUUUUCAAAAAUAAAUGUCUAAUUGCACAGUAAUGUACAGGUGACAUUGUGUAAUCAAAUGUGAUCAUGGUUGAAACAGUGAAAACAAUAUGUUGUUAUGAUUGAUAUUGACAGUCAGUAUAAAAAGAACCAAAGUGUGUGUGUGUGUGUGUGUGUGUAUAUAUAUAUAUAUAUAUAUAUAUAUAUAUAUAUAGAAAAAAAUAUUGUCCAUUUGAGCAUCAAGUUCCUUAAAGACGUAAAUUAUGCUUGAAGUUUGGAUGUGUAAGUAUUGAUGCAUGUGUUGUUGUGUGUAUUUUACCAUAGUGUGGUGAUUUAUGUUUAUAAAAAGAAUAUUGUAAAUACACAGAUAAAUAUAAUUACUCACAAUUAUAUGCUAUUGUUAAAACGUGAAGUGCAAAACAUAAAUCUUCAUUAUUUAACUUUAAGAUCAGUGCACUUCUUAAUCACAGUAACAUAAAAAAAAUUGUUGUUUUUUCUCUUCUUGGCUGAAUGGCAACUUGGAACCAACUAUACAGACAGGGACAUGCAUGCUAUGUACUUCAUACUGCACAUAUAACUGCAUAUAAUGUACCACCUGUCAAAUAAAGAUAUGUGAUUGGUAUAUUAAUUUUGCAUUUCUAAUUGAAUUUUAUGUAAACAAUUCACAUUUAAAAAUUUGUCAAAAUUAGAUGUAUUAGAAGUCUUUUAUACAUAUUACAUUUAGUAUACAUACUGCAGACUGUGCAAAUAGUAAGAACCGUGUAUGAGAGUUUGCCAUUCCAAACAUUUGGAUUUUCCCUGCUCUUUCAGACACAGGAAUAAACAGUUGAUGCCUA